AUGAGCAACGGCGCGCCGAGUACGGACGCGAAGGGCGGCGAUGGCGGGCCGGGGGCGAGUCGCGACGGCGGUCGCGAUCACGCGAUGAGCCGCGGCGGGAUGAGCUGCGACGGCGCGACGAGGGUUGGCAAGGCGAGCAAUGCCGGCACCAUGACGGGCGGCACGACGAGCGGCGCGGCAACAACGACUCUUGGUGCAGUGGGCGCGAGCAGCGAUGGCACGCUGAGCGUUUGCGCGAUGAGCCAUUGCGAGGCGGACAACGGCCGCAUCAUGACGGGCGACACGACGAGCGGCGCGGCUGCAACGACCGACCAAGCAUAG